AUGGCCGGGCCCAGCCCGGGCCCCUCCUUCACCUCGGCCGGCCCGUCGCCGGGCGCUACAAACCUCUUGCUUGAUGUCCCGAACUUACACGCUGUGCCGCCCGCCUGCAUGGACCGGUUGCAUUUAAUGCACCAUUUUCUUUCUGGCGCUAUUCCUGUUCAUGACAAGAUGCCCACACACCAGCAUUUCGUCGAGCAGGCUCUUGACCUUCCUUACCUCAUGAACGAGAUCCUCGCUUAUUCAGCGCGACACCUAGGCUCAACACGCCCAGACGAGGCCUCUCAGUACAUCUUCCUUGCGCUCGAGACGACCGCCGACAAUGCCAUGCAGAUGCUUGUCUUCAGCUGGAUGGUCGGCAUGAAUCUCCUCUGCGACGCCGCCUGCGCCGAUGAUGAUGCCACUGUGCUUGACGAAUUCAUUCGAUACAUAGAGCUCUACCGUGGUGUCCGCGUCAUCGCGUCAGCGGCGUGGGACGUACUCAUUAAGUCGAAUCACGCCUCCGUUUUUGAGGACGGGCGGCUCAUCUUCAUGAAGCUCGGCACAGGCGCCGAGGCCGAGGCCCUGCAGGGCUUGAUCAAGGACAGUCUCGGCAUGGACGAUGAGCAGAAACAGGGCAGCCAGGAGACCCUUGCGAGGAUCCAGGCCACCUAUGACUCUCACUCGUCCCUAGACGCAGGCCCAAGAGACUCAUCGCUGCCUGUCUCGCCCAGUGGUCAUCUCAGCGACACGAUCGGCAUGGCUCUCGCUUGGCCGCAGGUGGUGACUCCGGGUUUCCUUACCUCACUGCGGGCGAAGCGACCCGAAUCGCUAUUCGUUCUGGCCCACUCUGCCGUCAUCAUGCACUGGUGCCAGGGGCACUGGAUCGUAGGGCGUGUCGGCAGUCGGCUGCUGCGUAGCAUUGUGGCGGCCCUGGGGCCGGGAUGGGAGAGGUGGCUGCAGUGGCCUCGGGACCUUAUUGAGUCGACUGCGUCCGAACAGUCUGUCGCCGCGGAUCAGCCUACUUGA